ACGGAGAGUUGAUUGGCAUUGUUAUCCAGCCCGGUGAACCGGUUCCUGGCUUCUAUCUGGCUUCUUCUUCUUUCUCUUCUUGUCUUCUCCGCCCGGAGUUACUACUCACUUGCUACUCCGCCGAUGAUUCUUUGAUGUCUUUGAUUCUUUGAAGUGAUGGGAAUUGCGCGGUUGGUCUGAAGCUGCGGCGGCCGGGCCGCCUUCACGCUCCGACUUCACCUCCUCCGUUCGCGCAGAGACCCUCGAAAGAAGCCCUCCGCUUCUUCAUCGAAUCCCCCAUCGCCCCAUCGUUUUGGGCUCCGAAAACAUCAUCCUGCAUUUCCUUGCUACUGUCCGCGGAUCUCUAUGUCUUUUUCCGCCCGGAAAACCACCUCCCCCUGCCUGAGCUGGACCUGAUCCCAACCGUGGAGCAAGAGCCCCCCUCGCCCGCCCCAGAACCGGGGUCUUGGAGCGAACAUGUCGCUCGGACACCACCACGCCUGGCUUCCCCCAGGCCAUCUGCGCCCGCCCGAUGAUUUCCAUGAUGCGCGGUCUGUCAAUGGCUAUCCCAAAUCGUUUUCCGGAUCCCGAACACCCCAGAUGCGCGCCUCGGCCGAUAUCGACGGAUCUCACGCGGGCGGUCUGAUAUCCGAUGCUGAUAUUGCAGGCGAUGAGGACCCGCGCAUCGCCAUGUUCCGUGAACUGUACAAGCGAAGUGAGGCGAAAAUCAAUACCCUGUUUGCCAACCAGAAAUCCGCCGAAGAUGCCCUUCGCGGCGCGGUCGCCGACUCCGACCAACCCCAGGCUCAGGACCAACGCGCCGACGAACCCGCACCGCCCCCGGCGCCCCCUAAGAAACCCGCCAGGAAGCUGGACGAUGACGACUAUGAUGAGUAUGAUGAUGAUGAUGAGGAGGAUGAUGCUGACGCUUCGCCCCCGGCAAAGCACAAGGCUCUUGGUUGGUCUCAGGUUCCCAGUAGUUUCCCGUCGCCCAGUCGGCCGCCCAGCGGCUCCACGUCGGUAGGCCCCGAUGCGCAAAAGGAGGCCAAGAAGGAGACGCUGGAGGACAUCCGGAAGAAGCUAGAGGAAGACAAGAAAGCCACCGAGGAGGCGGCGCGCAGAAGCUUCCACACUCUCUUUUAUACUUUAGAAAAUGAUAGAGACGCCAUGCUGGAUCAGCAGCGACUAGAAGAGUCGGAGCGACAGGUUGAAGCCGAAAUGUCGGGCCAGGCAAGUGCGGGCAAUAACGCGAACCCGACCUCUAACGGAUAUGGGUCGCUGAGUAGCGCGAACCUGGGAGCCUCUAGCCUGACCCUGAAGAACCUGAUCGCGCGGAUCGAUAUGAAGCGGAGCCUGGUCCAAGCCUCCGAUGCCGAACUUCGCAGCCUGAUGAGUGAGGUUCGGAAGAACCGAAGUAAAUGGGCCAGCGAAGACAAGAUCGGCCAGGAGGAGCUGUAUGAGGCGGCGGAGAAAGUUCUCAGUGAGCUCAAGGCGAUGACUGAGCAUUCGAGUGCGUUCUUGACUCGAGUCAACAAGCGCGAUGCGCCUGACUACUAUACAAUCAUCAAGCACCCAAUGGAUCUCGGAACCAUGACCAAGAAGCUCAAGGCUCUGCAGUACAAGUCGAAGCAGGAAUUUGUUGAUGACAUCAAUUUGAUCUGGUCUAAUUGCUUCAAGUACAAUACUAACCCGGAACACUUCCUCCGCAAGCAUGCCAUGUACAUGAAGAAGGAGACGGAGAAGCUGGUUCCCCUUAUCCCGGAGAUUGUCAUUCGAGACCGCGCGGAAGUCGAGGCAGAAGAGCGAAGACUGCAGAUGGCGGAGCUCGAUGGCGCUGAGGAGAGCGACGACGAACCGAUCAUGUCAUCCCGAGGUCGCAAAGCCCCGGGGAAAUCAUCAUCGAAGAAGGGAACAGCUCCGGUUCGAAACACUCCCAGCGGAUCGGAGCCCCCAGGUGGUCAAGCUUCUCAACCCCCGGGUCCUGUGCGUUCUGAUUCAGACGUGGCCAUGGAAGGGACUCAGAACGGGUUUGCAACGCCGCCUCCCGGCACGCAGACACCCUCUGAUCCUGCUGGUGUUGGUGCUGGUAUACCAGGAAGCCAGGGCGACGCCAUGGAGAUUGACGGCUUAAUUCCAACUAGCACUGUUCUGAGCGCCUUACCUGCGUCGGGGGUGGAGUCAGAGGAUCCUGAAUACAAAGUCUGGAAACAGGUCACCAAGAAGGAUCGCGCGGUGAUUGCGGCCGAGAGGCAUCGGCUCUUUAAAGGCGACAAGCUCAACUCUGAAGAGCCGGCCUUGCUCCGGACUAAGGCUGGCAUGCGACGAUGGCUAAGGAAUCAGAAGCAGGUCAAUGCGGAGGGCGAUAAGGCGCAGGAGUCGACUUCCCAAGGCAUGGGAUCGGGGAGCGCAGGGGAAACGCUAGCAGAAGGCAUUGAGGUGGACGAGGAUCGAGUGAUCCCCGACUAUUACGACGUCAUGUCGGGGGUCCCCGACCUUCCUGCUCAGCUACUCUGGAAAGAAGAUUCGGAUGGAAACAUAGUAGAUGCUUCCGAGGAGUUCUUAAGAGUGCUGCCGCGAGGCUCCUUCACGCAGCCGGACAGCAAACUGGCCCGGAAGAUGGAUGCGAACAUGCGCCAAAUGCAGGAAACCCGCAAGAUCUGCUCAAAAAUCGGCAUCGUCAAGCAAAUGCAGUUACAAUCUCAGAUGUACCAGAAUCAGUUCCAGAAAUACCAACCGGAGCCGUUUGUCGAGCAGGAUGUGCCAGCUCAUGUGAUGAACGAUGGGGGACCGGUCAUCUCUCCCUGGGUCUGCCGGGCGGCCUUGCAGCGCUCCGUGGCCAAGAUUUUCUACCAUACUGGCUUCGAGGAGUACCAGCCUUCUGCCCUGGAUGCGGUCACGGAUGCUGCCUCCGACUUUUUCCAAAAGAUCGGCGAGACGCUCAAGUCCUACAUGGAAUCCCCCAAGGUUCCGGCGACGGACUCGGCCGAGGCCACCACUGCCGCUCAGUGGAAGCGAGCAUAUACCGAGCCAGAGAUUGUGCUCCAUACCCUCUCGUCGGUGGGCAUCGAUGUUGAAUCUCUGGAGUCGUACAUCAAGGACGAUGUGGAGCGACUGGGCACAAAGCUGUCCACCGUUCAUGACCGGUUGCGUUCGCUUCUCUCCGAACUCCUGCGACCCGCCCUGGCCGAUGGCGGGGAGGAUGGCUCCAGCGCUUUCCAGGACGGCAGUGAGCAAUUCAUUGGCGGUGACUUUGCGGAGGAUAUCGACGAGGACUUUUUCGGGUUCAAGGAGCUGGGGCUAGACAAAGAGUUUGGUCUGGCUACUCUCAGUGUGCCCCUUCACCUGCUACAAAACCGGAUGUACAACGCUGCGCAAGCCCAGAACACCAGUGCUGCCCAGGCCAUCACACUCUUUCCGCCCCCAGCAUCAUAUCCGCGGAUUACGGCCGCCAAUCUGCCCUCCCAAAUCGGCUUGGUCCAGGGGUUCUUUGCCUCGAGGCUCCAGACCAGCAACAACGAGCCCCUGGUCGAAGACCUUGAGCUACCACCCAAGCAACGUCCGAUGGCUGCCCGACCCCGUCUGCCGGCGUCUGGCAAGAUCCCGCCGCCUUCGGGGCCCUCCGGGCCGACAUCCAGUCCACAGAAGCGACCACUUCCGCCCACGGCGCCGGGGCAACCGGCAGCGAAGUCCGGGGGGUCGGAACCGAGCAAGAAGAAGCUCAAGAAGAACAGCGGAGUUGCCGUGGGGGCUUCUGACCCGGCUGGCGAGGGCGAUGAGGUCACAGCAGGCGGGGAAAGCAGCAAGGCAGCUCCAGCAAAGGCCACGACCAACGAGACCUUCGCCGUGGAUGCGAAUGCCAAAGGGGAAGGGGAGCCGGGGGCGCCCGAGGGCGCAGGAAUCGAGAAGCAUGCCUCAACGGGCACAAGUACAGGCAUCCCAGGUUCUAGCCAGAGCAAUGCAAGCGCAGUGGCCCUACCGAACGGGACCGCGGAUGAUGCGUCAUGAUGUGUAUGAUCAUCUACCUUUUAUGGGUUGGGUUGGGUUGGUUUGGCUAAGGAGCGGCCGGACGGGUUGUACUUUUAUUUCUCUCUUUUCUACCGGUCCUUCGAUUCUAACCUGGUUGCUUUUCUUUCUCACCUCUUGGCCUUUCUUUCGCCCGUGUCUUUAUUCAGCAUUUUUACCUGCCCGCCAUGUCUGAUUACUAUUGUUCACUCCUUCCUUUCUUCAUGAUGUCUUCCAUCUGGAUGAUAUCGGAUGCAAUGUGCAUCACCUCGACAUUAUGGGAUAAGUCAUAUCCUAUCACCGCAUAUCUUGUUCUCGUCCUGUCUAUACCCAUUAUUGACAGCCGGCCAGACCCCCAAAAAAAAUACCCGAAAGGAACCCUAAUUUUGAAAAGAGAUACUAUAUACAUACAUGCAUACAAUUCAUUGAUUUAUCCUUAUU